UGUGUAUAGUGUAUUGAUGUGCUCAUUUGUAAAAGAGGCCUUGGUCUCAGCAUGACUCCCUGUCAAACUAAAGAUUCUUAUAAUAUAAAUGAAAAUGGUUCAACAGGAGUAGGACGGUCCAGCUGCAGGAAGCUCUGGAAGAAAAUGUACAGACAUUUGACUAAUCUUCCAUAGAUUGAUUUAUACAUUAGAACUUCAUUGGAACAUGUCAAACAGGAAGAGGAUGAGGAUGAUGUUGUCCUGCAGUGUUUAUUAGUGAGGGUAAUACUGUGUCUCUGUUUCAGAACCAGAAUAGCAGCAAAGUCUGUCUGAAAGCCCUCUGGGUCAAGAAGAAGACGCCAGAGAAGAAACCAGAGGGAACAGAGAAGAAGAAGAAAUGGUUGACAUAAAUUAAGAGGGGGGGUGGAGGAGUAUUAACAGGAAUGGUCUAUCGUGUAUCAACCCUUUGAUAUGUCAUAAUAACGAUACAAAUUAAUCAACAGGAAUGGUCUAUGGUGUUUUGAUCCCUUGAAGAGGGAGUUCACUGUCCUAGUCAGCUUAGACCCUGUGCUGAUGGGGUCUAAGCCAGUUACUAUUAGCGGACAUAGAGUGCCCUAUCUUAAAAUGUACACAGUUAAAAUGCUUUAUACUCAGUUUACAAUACACUUUGAGUAGAGUACUUCAAUCCAUCAGUUGAUAGGUCCUACUGAGUUAUUAGGUUCUGCAACAUCAGAGCCCAAAUUGUCUUUGCUGUUUUUAUCCACACACUGUUUCGAUGACUAAUUUGAUAAAAGGGUAAUUACACUGAGAUAGAUGUUCUCCCCCAUUCUGACACCCCGGCGACGGGCUUGUGGUAGAAUAGAGUGUCUUGAUGCCAAAACCAAUUAAUCACACCCUCUUUAUCUAGAGCUGAGAGAGCGAGAGAAAGAGAGAGAGAGUUCAUUAUCAAAUGAAACCAGAGGCCUCCUGUAUGAAACUGCCCUGACCCUCUCCUCUGCCACAACAACCAUGGUUAUAGCAGACCCUGGACCAAGUCGCAGCUGAUCAAUCCAAGUCUGUCUCGGCAGCUUGCAAGGGGUUCGAGCCAUUGCUGCAUCUUCAGUACAACGCCGUGUCAGUGCGUGCUUUACAGUGAGGUGCACCGUCCCUGCAGCGUCAUGCUACUGGUGAACCCCCACAGUGGGAAGGGCCAGGCCCUCAGCCUCUUCACCGGACACGUCCAACGCAUGCUUAACGAGGCCGGGGUCCCACACACACUGGUCAUCACUGAGCGGCAGAACCAUGCCAGGGAGUUGGUGAGAGAGGCUGACCUGUCACAGUGGGGUGCUCUAGUCAUCAUGUCCGGAGACGGACUGCUGUUUGAGGUUGUGAAUGGCCUGAUGGAGAGAGAGGACUGGGAGGAGGCCAUCCAGACCCCACUGGGCAUCCUACCAGGGGGCUCCGGUAACGCCCUGGCUGCCUCUAUACACCACUACUCUGGGGCCCAGCCGGUGUCAAGCGAGGAGUUGCUGAUCAGCUGUGGCUUCCUGCUGUGUAAGGGCCUGGUGUCUCGCAUGGACCUGGCCUCUGUCCACCUGGGCUCCAGCCCCUCCAACCCCACGCGCCUCUUCUCCUUCCUCUCGCUGGCCUGGGGCUUCGUGGCUGACGUGGACGUUGAGAGUGAGAAGUAUCGCCACGUGGGCGCCGCCCGCUUCACCAUGGGCACAUUGGUCAGGUUGGCAUCAUUGAGGGUGUAUAAAGGCCGUCUGGCAUACCUGCCGGUUGACGAGGUGGAUGGAGAGGAGGAUGGGCAAUUUCCAGUCUCGUUGGAGAUGACAAGCAUGUCACCUCAACACCAACCGCCAUCGUCUGCAUUCUGCUCCUCCACCCUCCUCUGCCAACCUUUGAAGGACUCGCCGUGCCAGAACACAGCCCACCUCACCUUCCACAACUCCCGUAACUCAAACAAUGCCUUCAAGGCGAAGAAGAGGGAACCCAUGUCUGCAAAUGCCACCCUAACAGGCCCGCCAGACUCUCUCCUGGUGCCCCUGGACCAGCCGGUGCCCAGCGACUGGGUGGUGGUGCCCGAGGAGGACUUUGUCCUCAUGCUGGCCAUGUACCAGUCUCACCUGUCAAAGGACCUGUAUGCCGCGCCCGACUCUACACUUGAUGACGGCCUCAUCCACCUGAUAUACGUCCGAGCAGGCAUAUCGCGCACGGCCCUGCUCCGGCUCUUCCUGGCCAUGGAGAAGGGCACCCACCUGGCCAACAACAGCCCCCAUCUGGUGUACACCCGGGUGCGGGCGCUGCGGCUGGAGCCCUACUCGUCAAAAGGGGUGAUCACGGUGGAUGGGGAGGUGGUGGAGUAUGGGCCGGUCCAGGCCCAGGUACAUGGUGGGAUAGCCAGGCUCAUCACUAGAUUAUAAACAAGAUCCAAUGGAUGGAUAGCUAGCGUUAGCAUGUUAUGCUAAUAGAUAUGCUAUGCUAAAAGCUAACAUUAGUUAGCAUUUUCUGGACAAUUAGCAUUAGCAUUUUCUGCUCACAUCUAAAGGGGAGGUGGGAUUAAUGGACUUUUUAGUCUUCUCUGAAUUUCUGCUUUGAAUUGGAAGUGCCACAAAGGAGUAGCAAGGCUAAAACACAAGUUCACAAUGGGUGGGUACGUUUUAUUUCUAGAGCCCAAUCUCCCAUUCUCCCCAUUAAUUAGCAUUUAGGCUGUUCUAAGAUGGCAAAAUCCCAAAGCAACUGGCCUUUAAUUGGCUGUUGCAAGCUAUGACAUGGUAGAUUACUAGAACCGAGGUGAGAGAUCGAUCAAGAGCUAAGCUGUUUUACUCCAUAAGCAUAACUCAUGAAAUAUGAAUAUUUUCACCCCACUGCAAAUCCCACCCACACACAAACAUUCUCCUUACCAGGGGUCCAUAUGAUGUAGUGUCAGUCACCCACCCUGUCCAUCACAGACCCUGGGCAUGCUUUAUGUCUAUGGGAGGGCAUUGCAACUUCCAUUUUCUUUCUUAUGCAACGAAUGGGGUAUGGAUAGAUGCCUUCACUCCUCUCUUCCGCUGUGACGUGGACAUAUGGAAGAUCCAUACAACCUCCGGGAGCUAGCAUUAACAUUAUUAGAAACCAACUCAUUUGAACCCAAGUAACACAAGGGGACAGUUGCGCCGAAAUCAAACCUCAACCAUUGAUGCUCAAUUACCAUAGUUGUUUUUGAUUACCUUGAAGCUUGAAUCUUGAGGGUCAGUAGUUUAUCCUAAGGCCUAGACCCUGACCCUGGACUACUUGAAGACCGGUUUUGGAUUUGAAAAGAUUGGAGUUUAUUUUGGAUUAGGCAUUGUUGUGAUUAGCUGAAAACACACCAUACUUCCAUGACUUCUUCAACCAGCCACCUUACCUUGACAUGCAAACAAGUAUACUAAAGACACAUCUUCACGUAAUUUGACAUGUGCACAUUUUAUACCUCAUAUUUCCAUGAACCGCUAGCUUUAAAAUGGCCUAGAGUGAGAGCCUGUUUAUUGUGUUGUGGCCUGUCCUGCAAAGGAAGGCAUGCUGCACAAGUCCAGGUUACGUGACUUUGUGCCUGUUUCGGGUCUCCAACUGCAGUCUUUCCCCAUACCCAUCCCCUCCUCCUCCCUUUCUCGACACUGCAGUGCACCACAGGGCAGUCCUUCGCUUUUGUCUGCCUGCAGCUACAGCUGACACACCAACAGUACACUACACGCACGGUACAGACCCCUUCCCCUUCUCGGCCAUCAUCACCUUUAUCAUAAAGCUUUAAAAACACACACAGAAGAUAAACUAUGAAAUGACGACAAGAGCAACCGAAGGCUAAUGCGAAGCUAAAACAGUAGCUAGCCUGAGUUUACGCUCGUCAUAGCCCUCUUCUGUACUGAUUCUGAACUCUCGGAAGGAGGGCGAUUUAUUCUGCCUUAAACACAAAAGGAAGACAGGGGGCGCUUGAUUAAACAGCACAUUGGUCAGGGGAUGGUAAAGAGGGAGGGAUGAGGGAGAGUAUGGACUUGUUAAAUGCUGCCUGAGGGACCAGCAUUGUGUAGUAUGCAUCCCAAAUGGCACCCUAUUCUCUAUGAAGUGCACUACUUUUGAACAGGGCCCAUAUAGACACAGACGUGGUCUUGGCACACAGCCCUUCUCCACAGAUAAACAUGAUGUUCAUUCUCCACAGCAGUGUAACAUAAGGUUCUGACUGACACUGUGAAAGAAAGAUGUUUAUGUUCAUCUUGUUCGCCUUAGGGGAUGAUAAGAGGUUAUGGAACUGGGGGAUACCCUGAGAGAAUGUUUUUGGGCCUCGGCUUAUUUUUUAGAGCCACAAAGUGCCCCUGAUAUGAAUGAGUACACAUUUGGGUCACAAGAGAUUCCCAAAAUGCAAAAAUGUCAAUUUCAUGUUGUGAUAUUGUGUAUUGACUUGUUGUAAACCUGUCGUCAGGCCAGACUAAAUAAUUAUACAUGGGGAAAGACCAAAAUGACAUGUGAUUUUAGCUGCGGUGCAUGCAAAAGAAUGCACCUUGCAUUGAUGUUUAAAGUACAAAAUGAUUAAAUCCGCUUUUAACCCUGUCAGGGGCAUGAGCUCAUCUGAGGUUCCUCCCCCUACUGCUUCCUAUUUUAGAGAAGCAGCACGCCUUUCCAAUCCUUACCUUGGUCGUGUUCCCAUGCUCAGACGUUGACUGACAAAUUGCUAGUAUAACAUUUGUGGUUAGCUGAUACAUAUCUAGGAGUUGUAAGCUCUGGCAGGUGUCGGCAAAACCUGGGCAGAGGAACAUGCCCCAUAGCAUGCUGGGAAUCAAUGAGUCAUGAAGCAUUAGGAUGGGGAAAUGGAGGUGAAAAUAUCAAAACGCACAUGACAUCAGUCUCUUUCUGUUCCUCCAUGAGAUCAAUUGUUCAGACUCCAUUGAUUGUCACAGGAAUUUUCUGCUUCGCUCAGGUUUGAAACAUGAUCCAAAAAAAUCAAUUUAUUUAAGCUAGCUUUGGCCAUGAGAUUUUCCUGACCACUUCAGUUGACUAGAAAACUCUGGGCCCGACUCAGAGCCUAUGCAAAGUCUGCCUGCCUUGCUGGUGAUGCAGUCCCUGGCGCUUUCUCAAUUGUAACAAUUCUUACUCUUCAUUUUCUCUGCUUGUUUGCACUGAUUAGAAAAUAUUUAAGGUGAAUAGGUGAAAAUAUGGUGGAAGCUCAUCAGUAGGCUGGCAAGCUUUCACCUGCUCAAUUCUUUCAGAUCAGCACAAUGCAGGAAAGGAAACAAGGACAGAUUUCAGACAAUUGAGAAAGAGCCCCUGAAACUGUUUCGUGUGCCUUGAACAUGUUGCCCUUUAGUUGUGGGAAGAGGGGUGUGUACUGUUGUGACGCUUAGAAGAUUUGGCAUAGAACCCUGAUACCGGUCCUAUUAGUCUUCAAUAUUUAAAAUUUAUGAGGAAACAGAACUACUCCAGUAACCCAUUUCCAGUUGAAUUGAGCACUUGGUUAAGAACGGAAAAGGAGGUUUUAUGAAGCUUAAUGUCCCAGUUUGUGAAAACUCCGGCCAAGGCCCUAAUAUACUCCGUUGUUGACACUUGAAGGUGUAUAGCUAAAUAAAUUCAGUCAGGUACUAUCACCAAAAUCUUGGGAGUCUUACAACUGCUGCUUGACUGUUGUCUUAUUGACAGUGUUUUUCAGGUGUAUUUGGUGAAGGGAUAGUAACUGUUCUUUUUACAAAAUCUUGAUUGAUAUUCUUUACUUGAGUUAAAUACAGAGCUCUAUUUUUCCACUUGGCAAAAUGUUGAAUCAAAUAAAGUGAAAACCAAAACAUUUGACUUGUUUCUUUUGAAUAAACAAGAUUAAGUUGCCGUUUUGUCCUUUGAGUGAGGUCAACUGAAAACACAACGCUACUGUACAACCAAAUUCAAUCCACCACAAGCGACAACUUGUAACCAUGGUACUGCUUGCAAAGUUUACUACAUCACUUUAAAAACAGGUCUUGAAACUUAAUGAAAGGAACUGUAAAAAAUGACAAAUCAAGAAGAAAAAAACCUGCAAAUGUCCCAAGCGUUCUCAUGACCACUUACAGAGCUCAAGUUUGUUAAAUAGAUGCAUUUAUAGUAUAGUCAUGACUUCUGUACAGAGGGAUCAGGCUAAAAAUCAUAAGUUUAUUAGUUUACCAAUACAGGCCACUGUGGAAAUGUUCACACAUCGUACAGUCAAGUCUUGUGUCCGUUCAAGGCUUAAAGCAACAUGUUACAUGCUUUGGCUGGAAAUCUCUCGCAGUAAUGAAUACGUCUGAAUAUAAAAACAUACACAGAAAAUUGUACAGAACUUCAUGUGCUUGAAAUCCUUCAUGUUUUUUCUCGAGACCUGGCUUCACAUUUUUUUUCUGGUUUUGCAAUAGUGGAGAAACAAGUGCAUGAGCGAGAGAGAGAUCUAUGGUUGCAAACACAGGAGAAGGUUGGCGGGAACCAACCAAGGCUGCUACGCUACAAGGACUUCAGCCUAAAAUGGGGAAGCAAAAGGAACAUCCUUACUGUACAGGCAGCAAAAGAAGAAAAAAAGAGGAAGAAAGUCAAGGAGGAAGAGAAGCAAUGGAAUCCUGAUUGCCAUGCAUGGUACAGGAUUUUAAAUAUUAUUUUUUUAAGGUGGAAGGAGAAAAAUAAUAAAUAAAAAAAAUCCCAUUCACCUAUUCUUUUCCUCUUUACAAUAAUCAGUUUGUCUCACGCUUUGCACUCAAUCAUUUACAAAUGGCACUUUGUACUGUUUCACACACUCAUAAACACUAAGCAUUUAGCGUCUUUGUUCAAGCAAAAAGACAAGCCAACGCCCUCAUUUUCAGUUCACCGGUAAGCACAAGGGGAAUGGACCAACAGAAUAUCUGGCAAAAAACAAGAGCAUAAUAUAUUUCAGGUGGAUGUCAUGGAUGUAAACAACGACGGUUCAAAUAACCAAGGAAGCACUAUCAGAACUAGCCCAGUUCCAGAUCUGUUUGUGCAUUAUUGCCAACUCGGCAAAGACCGCACAAACAGAUUUGGGACCAGGCUAUAUAAGAACCAGAUGGUGUUAAAUCGCUGCACUUUCUUUCACAGUACUCCUUUUAACACUUUAUCCUAAAUCUGUUUGUGCUUUAAAAUCAACUACUAGCCAAAGGAGUUGGUCAAAGAACAUACAGGUCUGGGACCAGGCUUCUUUCAUUCUUCGGCGAACACAAUGAAUGGAACCACUGACCCCUGGUGGCCAUACAGAUAACAGCUCCCUGUGUUAAUAAAUAGAACACUUGACCAUUUUUCAAGUAUAAACAAACCGGCAAUAAUUUAAAGAAACAUAAAAGUAAUAUCACAAAGUACAAGCAUGACUAUGCCAGAGGCCAUGUUGUGGAAAGUGCAUCAUUCACCCUUUGAACUGGGGAAAUGAAAGAACGGGAUACCACUCCAAUCUUGGGGACAAACAGUGACACUCCAUCAUGCUCAAGGCAAAGGGCAAGAACAAAACCAAAUACAAGCUGCUCAAAACCUUCUGCAUCCACACUCAAACUCUGUCUACAAACUCCAAUCAAUCUCCAUCCCCAAACAAACCGCAGUUGAGAGUAACACUGGAAUGCAGAGGCUGAAGCUGUGUAACUUUACCAUUCAACUUGUGGGCUGAAGUUGCCAUUGUCAAAGCAGAUCUGGGAUCAGUGAUUUUGUUAAAUUUAUUAUUCGUUUUAUACAUUUUUCCGACCUCCGAAUUGUUAAAUUAAGCACAAGUCCAGGGAAAACCGACCCCAGAUCGGAUGUUAGAGGGCCAACCUCUGAACACUGGAAUGGGGUGAAUGUAGUGGGUAUCAGGCGGGGGUAACAAGCAGCUCUGUACAUAGGGUCUGAUAAUAUACUAAGAAGAACAAUUCAAGUAAGGCAACAUGUUGAGAGGAGAUAAGACUCAUUUAGUGAUGGAAUGGAUAGCGUUUUUUAAAACUCAUGUCAAGUUCACGGUUGUGGCUCCCGCUUCUAGUAGUAGCCCAAUGAGUGAGCAGAAGAGAGGAUUGUGGGAUAGCUCUGGAGGACCAUUGUGAACGACCAGCCUUUAAGUGACUCUAAAGGGCCAAUGACAGCUGCAAGGAAGGAAAAACAUCACUACCUUGAACAUGGCGAAGGUUAAGACAACGUAAUAAUUCCACGGAGAAGCGUUUGAAAAUAAAAAUGUUCAUCGGACCAGCGCCAGACAGAAAAUUAACGGAAGUGAAAUGUCAGCAGUACAGAAAGUUAGCCAUCAAGGUGGGAAAUAAAACACAACCGUAGUGAAUUUCAGUUAACUACUCCACAAACACACAGGAUAAUUGUUUUACUGUCCUUCUAUUCAUUUCAACUUUUUUUCAAAUGAUCUACAGUCACUUCACUUCAUUUCCUGACCGCUGGUCACGUUUUCAAUGCCAAUCCUGUCGAAUCAGCAACCGCACUGGUCCAAUGAAUGUGUUUAUUUUCAAACGUGGUUCUUAAACUGGGUAUUUUCAACCUAGCCUUGAUCCCUUGUAGAAGGAAAAAAAUAUAUAUGUUAAGUUGAGUCUUAAGAGCGACAUGGGUGACAUAACAACAACAACAAAAAACAGUCUGUACAGUGUCAAAGUUAUCAAGUCUUAGAAUGGAAACUUUCUACAGUCAAAGAUAUUAAAGAGCUCAUUUGACCUCACCUAGAGGUAAGGUCAUAUAGUUCUGUGUCACUCCUCUAUUCUAGAGCCAAGUCUCUCCUCAGGGUAUAUACCAUAGGGCCUAAUAGUGUAUAUAACAUCCAGAAGUGGUGAUUAGUAUGUAAACUUGUCACUCAAGUGUUUCUCCAACAACAUGUUUUGGUGCGAGCGAUUGGCGAGGAAACCAACAAGGACAUAGCAGAGUGAAGCGGUUGUAGGUGGGCAGUUAAUAACAUUCAGAUUGGGGGUGUGUCUCUAAAGUCGAGAAAGAGCGAGAGGAGAAGGGCAAAAAGCAAACAACCAGCAACAUCCACAUUAAAAAGAAACUCAAUACGUCAGCAUGUCAAAAGGUGCCCAGACCUGCCGAGAUUGUCUGUUGAUUGGAGAGUGCAGGGUGGUAACAGGGCACAGGAGCAGUGCUAAAGGGUGCCCGCCAGGGUUAAAGGAGCCAGGCAUACUGGGAAAUGUAGUUCAGAGAAAACCCAGCUUUGAGAAUCUGUCCAGGUUGACCCUGCAGAUUCCAGGACGCCAUGGCUACUGUAACAGUCUCCGUUUAGUUUAGAUCCAAUUGACACGGCGGAGUAAUAUUUUUAUUUGUGCUAAGAAAUUGAAUUUGUGGCGGCAAUUCACAAAGAAUGUCUCUUCAGGUAAUUCCACUUCCCCUUACAGUAACUAUAGACGAUGCAAGUCAAUGGCACUUGUUCUUUCU